UUUGGCUUUGCUGGUAUCCAAGUGAGGACGUGAUUUUGGUCAACUCAUAGUUUCAUCAAUGAGGAGCGGAGAGCAGAAAACGAGCAGGACCGUCCGCUUCGUUCACGUUCUUCACGUAAUAACAGCUAAGUUAGCUUCUUAGUUCGUAGCUGCAUUAGUAAGAAAAAAAACCCCGCGAAGUGGGAAUGGCCCAGAGGAAGAAUCCCAAAACCCACCCAAAAAAAGAGGCGAAGACGCCGCCAGUGGAAAGCAAGAAUGGAAAGAGGACAGAAGGAAGAGGAGGAGGAGGAGGGGAUGCAGGAGGAGGAGGUCCUAAAUACUCCAUGUUCACCUGGUUUGUGGUGCUGGCUCUGCUGGGAGUUUGGAGCUCGGUGGCCGUGGUCUACUUCGACAUCGUGGACUACGACAGCGUCAUCGCCAGAGCUAAGGAGUUUCAUAUGAACUUUUCUGAAGUUUUACAAGGUAAACUGACGGCCUACGACACCGAUGGAGACGGAGACUUCGAUGUGGAGGAUGCUAAAGUUCUGCUCGGGCUGAAAGAGGCAGAAAAACCAGCUGUGGUAGAUUCACCUGAGGAGAAAACAGCUGAAGGACGCAGCGAGCCAGUGGCUGAAACGGCCAAUCAACGAGCCGCGGCGCCGACAGAGACAACGUCACCUGAAGCCCCGACUGAAGACGCUGAGUCAGAACCAGAGAGCGACCCUCAACCUGCCCGAGAUGAUGAAGUCUCUGGAUCUCAGGACGUGGAGUCUGAAAUCCAAGCUGCCGUCCCGCUCCCUCCUCCGGUGGAAGACGACUUCGUACCAGAUGAUCCUCGGGACAGUGCACAUCCAUAUGAGGAGGAAAGGAACACGAUCGACACCACAGGAGUUUUGGUCGAGGAGCCGCCGGCGGAGGAGAGUGUCGUGGAGUCUGCACGGCAUCUGACGAGCUCCAAACUCUCACAGGAAGCAGAACCAGUUGUAGAAGCAGAGAACCAGUCUGAACCAGAACCACAGAGCGAGACGCCCAAAGAGGCAGAGAGCGUCCCAGAGGCCGAGGGAACAACAGAGAAACAAGCCGAGGACAAGCUCAAAGAAAAAGCAAAGAAGAAGAAACCGAAACUGUUGAAUAAGUUCGAUAAAACCAUCAAAGCAGAGAUCGAUGCAGCAGAGAAGCUUCGCAAGAAGGGUAAGGUGGAGGAGGCGUUAAGAGCCUUCGAGACUCUGGUGCAGCAGUUUCCACAGAGCCCCCGCGCUCGCUACGGAAAGGCCCAGGUGGAGGACGACCUGGCUGAGAAGCUGCGGAGUAACGACAUGCUGCAGAGAGCCAUCAACAGCUACAGAGAGGCGGCCGAGCUUCCCGACGCGACCUCUGACCUCCUGAAAGCUUCGCUGAAGAGACGAGCCGAGAGGCAGCAGUUCCUGGGUCGGAUGCGAGGGUCUCUGGCGACUCUGGAGAGGUUGGUUCAGAUCUUUCCAGAAGACGUCAGUCUGAAGAACGACCUGGGCGUCGCCCACCUGUUACUAGGAGACAACAAGGGCGCCAAGAAGGUGUAUGAAGAGGUUCUGGCGGUUGCCCCCGGCAACGGCUUCGCUAAAGUUCACUAUGGUUUCAUCCUGAAGUCAGAGAACAAGAUUGCAGAGAGUAUACCAUUCCUGAAGGAGGGUCUGGAGUCAGGUGAACCAGGGACGGACGACGGGCGUUUUUAUUUCCACCUGGGAGACGCUCUGCAGAGGGUCGGAGACAACAGCGCGUAUCACUGGUAUGAGCUGGGUCACAAACGAGGACACUUUGCCUCGGUGUGGCAGAGAUCUCUGUACAACGUGGACGGACUGAAGGCUCAGCCCUGGUGGACGCCUAAAGACACCGGAUACACCGACCUGGUCAAGACGUUGGAGAGGAACUGGAAGACGAUCAGGGACGAGGCUCUGGCGGUGAUGGACCAAAACACGGGACUGUUCAUACCUGAGGAGGAAAACCUGAGAGAGAAAGGAGAGUGGGGCCAAUACACACUGUGGCAACAAGGGAGGAAAGUUGGAAACUCGUGUCAGAGCGUCCCGAAGACCUGCUCUCUGCUGGACAGAUAUCCUGAAGCUACAGGCUGCAAGAGAGGACAGAUUAAGUUCUCAGUCAUGCAGCCAGGUACUCACGUGUGGCCUCACACUGGUCCCACUAACUGCAGACUGAGGAUGCACCUCGGCCUCGUCAUCCCCAAACAGGGCUGCAGGAUCCGCUGCACCGACCAGAUCAGGGAGUGGGAGGAAGGUAAAGUCCUCAUCUUCGACGACUCCUUCGAGCACGAGGUUUGGCAGGACGCCGACAGUUACCGCCUCAUCUUCAUCGUGGACGUGUGGCACCCGGAGCUGACGCAGUACCAGCGCCAGACUCUGAGCCCGAUCUAGACCGGGAGGCCCGAGGAGCAGGAAACAGACGGACGGAUGUGGACUGCGACCCUGGUAAGAAUCUUGAAGGAUUCUUCCUCUGUGGAUAAAAACUGUUAAAAACACUGACGGCCUGAAUCUGAGAGGGAGCGGAGACGUUCGACCGACGAACUGACGGGAUUUUUUUUUUGUGGAUAAACUACUAAAACUGCAGAAGACUGUCGGAGGACUGAAGGAUCUUAAUUUGAAAAAAAACGAAACAUGUAUUUUCUCCUGGGUAAUACUACUGACUUGUCCUCUCACCAAAAACAAACUGAACACAUACGGUACCUGUCGUAGUUCUGCUUGGACCCGCUGGUUCCCGCGCUCGUGGAAAUCUUUCAGCACGAUGGAAGAAUGUAUUUUCUAACUCUGGAAACGAGUCGGGUUUAAUGUUUCUGAAAGGUACAGAUGUUACAACACCAGCUCUCUGGAGUUGAACCACGUUGAAACACUAAAACAGAUGAAGAAAAGUUGGAGGGAAUCUCCCUCAUCACAGUUAGAGAGAAGCUGUAACUUUAGCUCGACCACUAUGCAUCUUUUCAGUUUAUCAGCUGGGUUUUCAGUUUCACCUUUUCAUCACUUUUGCACAGUAACAUAAAAGAUGAUUUAUAUUUAUAUAAAAAAUACAGAAAAAAUUGCAACCACAAAAACAAAA